AUGUUUGGAAAAGAAGCAUUAAAACUUAUUAGUGAAUUAGAUCUUUCAGAAGAUAUAAAACCUUUUAAUGAAAAUUCAGUUCGUAAAGUCAUGGAUGAAAUGCACUCACUUUACAAUGCCAAUCUAGAGGAUGUAAAUAUGACGGUAUCAGAGUCAGAUGAUUCAACAUCACCUUUCAUGUCAGUACAGCUCAGACACGUAGCCUUACAUCGUAACAAAAGAUGUCUCCUAGCGUACGUCUACAACCGAAUGCGAAGACUCAGACAAGCACGUUGGGAAUUUGGUAGCAUUUUACCCCGAGAAAUAAGUACUAAUAUGCUAAGCCUAGAAACUGAGUGGUUCAAAGCUUACAAUAAAUCUCUGGCCACUUACAUGAGAUCCAUUGGAGAUAACCAAGGUCUUAAUCUUACGGUUGAUAUGGUACCACCCAAAUCAUUGUUUAUUGAGGUCAGAUGUCUAAUUGAUUAUGGAAGAUUCGAGUUGGAUGAUGGCCAAGUCAUAAUGCUGAAAGAAAACACUCAUCACUUGCUUCCCAGAGCGCAGUGUGAGCCUUUGGUAAGACAAGGCAUUUUAGAACACGUUAAUUCAUGA